AUGGGGCGCGCGCGCGCGCGAGUGACCGCACACGCGCGCGCGCGAGGAGCGAUCGAGCGCGAGCGCACGUCGCGACGAGUGACGGUGCGCGAACGGGCGAGCGGAGACAUGGGACGGACGCGCGCGUCGACGCGCCGGGAAUGGCUGGGCGCGAUCGGGACGAUCUUCCUCGUCCUCGGUCUCGCCCUCUUCGCCGCGCCCGCGCUCGCGAAGGAAAAGCGAUCGCCGAAGGUGACGGAUAAGGUGUUCUUUGACAUCACGAUCGGUGGUGAACCGGCGGGAAGAAUCGUCAUGGGGCUGUACGGGAAGACGACGCCGAAGACGGCGGAGAACUUCAAGCAACUCGCGACGGGGGAAAACGGAUACGGCUAUAAAGGGUCGAGCUUCCACCGCGUGAUCAAGAACUUCAUGAUUCAGGGAGGUGAUUUCACCAACCACGACGGUACGGGAGGCAAGUCCAUCUACGGCGCUCGAUUCCCGGAUGAAAACUUCAAGCUCAAGCACGAGGGACCGGGCACGCUGUCGAUGGCCAACGCCGGACCGGACACGAACGGAUCUCAGUUCUUCAUUUGCACCGUCAAGACGAGCUGGCUCGACGGUCGACACGUCGUUUUCGGUCGAGUGCUCGAAGGCAUGGACGUUGUGACGGCGAUUGAGAACCUCGAGGGGACGCCGCCGACCAAGCCGGUGGUGAUCGUCGAUUCGGGCGUUCUCGAAAUCGCGGAGGAGCUUUGA